GUCUACAUGUGCUUCAUCCCCCUUAAAAGUCCAAGAAGAGGAACAAUCUAUCACUGAAGUGCGGCGAUUUUGGGAUGAAGAACAGAGGUUCCUACUGAAAUCUGCAAUUCACCACACUGAUCAACCUCCGUCUGUAACUCAUGAAUACUUAUUUCCAGACUUCUCUGAGCUGCAGCAGAACUUUUGAGGGGAUCGUCAGCAGUAGGAGUUAUGAUAAGGAGGGUUUAUUAGAGGACUGUUCAGCUGCCCUGGCCAUCAGCCCAGCAGCAAACAUUCUCUGAGCACCUCCACCUUGCCCUCCAACAAACUCAUAUUCUGCAGGGAAAUGGAUAUACAUCUCUCACCCACUAGCCAAUACCUAUUUCUUGAACUCCUACCAUGUACCAGCCACUGCUCAAAGUACUAGCAACUAAGGCGAUAUUUAAAAUAUUCAACAAGUAUUUAAAUACGCAACUAAACAUUCAAUCAGGAUGGGGCCAACUGGUAACCCUGAAGUUGCUGGAUCAUGGGGAAGUCUGCGGAGAGUCAAAGUCUCUGAACAGCUACAACGAUGGAGACAUCGAAGGAUCCAAGCGGCUUGGGAGGAAUGCCAAGUGGGUGGCCAUCGCCUCCAUCAUUAUUGGCCUUCUGAUCAUCGGUAUUUCUUGUGCAGUUCACUUCACAAGGAACGCCUGAGCGGCCAGCAGUCAGCCGUGAGCAUGGAGGACGGACCUCAUCCACACACACCCCACCGGAGUUUCUGAGGAAUGGACCCUUGACUUCAGACUGUGAGAUCUUUUCCUCCAGGACUCUCCAGAGGCAGGUCCCUGGCAAAUGAACUUAAAAAAGAAAAAAGAAAAAGAAAGAAAGGAAGGAAAAAAAAAGUCCAAAAUUAAGGAAAACCAAGCAGCACAGACAGAUCAGCCAUCACAGAUUUUUUUUUUUUUUUUUUUUAAACAAAAAGAAAAACUCAAGUCUCACUGUCUGAGUUUAGUGAAGGCCUCUGCGUCCAUGCCUCUUCUGCAGAGAUGAGCCUCAGGAAAUCUCAGUACUUCUACAUGGGGGCUGGGGGUCUACAUGUGGGGGGAGAGGGAGGUCCUAGAAGCUGGCGUCCGCCAAGUCGAGCGCAAACAUUUGCAGCAUGUUUAAAGUUGACAAUGGAGCUGAAUCUGUGCUUUUUUUCCCCUUUUAAUUUUACAUGUCAUAGCUAGUGGGUCCCACUCCAUCAGUUGCUCCCUGCCACAGCCCCCAGAGUCCCCACAUCACGCACCAAAGAAAACAAAUGAAGGGUCUUUCUGGCCUUUUGUCCUGACCUCAAUCUUCCGAUGGUCCUCUCCCUUGCUUGUAUCCACCGCUGCUCACCUCACUUUUCACUUCAAGACUCUUGAGACUGUACUUAGUGAUCAAUUCUAGGUACAGGAGCACCUUCCCCAUCCCAGUUUUGGGGAUAAACUGGCUGUUUACGGAAUGUGCUUUAUUCAAACCAUCCCCACCCCCCACUCUUUUUUAGCAAGUCUCAGGCAAGAUCUUUGAUUUUCCUGGAUGCCUACCUGGAAAUACCACCCACUGUAUUUCUUUUCUGUCAGACGUAACGCCUUCAGGUGUGAGUGUACUGGCUUAAUGAUGCCAUUAUUCUGCCUGCCAGAACUUGCCAACCCAGUGUUUCUCAGAUGCAGGGCAAACCACCGGGGGUACAAAAGAUCAUUUUUAAGUUGUUUAUAGACACAACAUUAAGUGAUGCAAACCACAAAGUAUGUUUCCCCUUUUCUAUUCUUUCUCAAUGCCGAUUACAGCAAAGAGAAAGCUUCUGUUUAGUGCUCACGGGUCCUUAACACCUUUUCUGUUACUUUGGCUCUUUUCCCUUCUUCAUAAAGGAAGAGCAGGCCUCAGGUUCAAGUCUUCUGUCUAGAUAGAAUUUAAUAGCAGAGUCCUGUUUUCGUUGUAUUUCUUAAUUACCUUCCAUUUACAGUUUCCCCUUAGGGACGUGAUACGUUGUUUCUAUUCAAAUAAAUUUACUUAAGAAAAAUAAGUGGACUCAAAGAAAAUAUCAAGGGAUUAACACAACAGGUGAUAUGUACAUGUGGCAAAAGUAACUUCAAGAACCACUAUCAGAAAUACAGUGGUAAUGAACUUUCCUAAGCAAGAGAAAAGGCAGCUUAUUCUAAGUGAAUGAACAAGAGGCCGAGAAUUAAAACACCUGUGUCCCAAGGCCUUUUUUGCCACCCACAGGCUAUGCAAGCUGAUUUUUAGGCAAGUUUCUUAGCCUCUCUGUGCCUCGAAUUUCUUCAUCUGGAAAAUGGAAAUGAGAAUACCUGUCUACAUACCUCAGAGUGUCGUUAACAAGAAUUAAUCGCCAUAAUAGAUGUGAAUGCCCCUGGAGGGAGAUUCUAAGUGCUAUACAAAUACAAAGCAGUGUUCUUAGAUUACUAUGAAUCUCAGGCAUUUGUUAAAAUCCUGGACCCCAGCAAAAAAUAAACGUUGAUGGGCAUCAGAUUCCACCUGUCAUCUCAGCCGGAUGUCUGUCAUGAGCCAGCACUUGUCCCAGGAGGAAACUGAAUCAGGGCCACGAAUUCUCGGCACGCAGAGAUCCUAACGUCAUUCCAGUAUAUUGGAUCCCGAUUUCUGUUUCAGACAUCUUGUUUCUUGUUUGUUUGUGUUUGGGUCCCU